AUGUCGCUCUUUGGUCAGUCCAAGGGCCUCGGCUCUGGCGGAUUCUUCUCCCAAUCGCAGCCCGCCCAGCAGCCGCAACCGACCCAGCAGACCAACAAUGCCUUUGGCCAAACCCUGGGCGGCGGCCAGCAGGGCGGCGCGCUCGCCGCCUCUGCGAUGCAGCCUCCUCAGCAGGUCCCGCAGAUGCCCAUUCUCGCGCAGUCGGCUGCCCAGCUGUCCAGCUCCCUCUGGCAACCCGGCAAGGAGACGCCACACCAGAAGCCGAUUCUCGACCAGAUCAAACUCGUAAUGGAGAAGUGGGACCCGGCCAACCCCAGCUGCGUCUUCAAGCACUACUUCUACAACAAAGUCGACGAAGCCCAUAUCCCCUUCUACAAGCCCCAGCCCUACGAAGACCCCCGCGAGUGGGAAGAGGCACUCCAGAAAAAGCCCGCGCCAGGCUUCAUGCCUGUUCUCUGCUCGGGCUACGCCGGCGUCGCCGAUCGCCUCAAAACGCAGAAACGAGCCGUCUCCGAGUUCAACACGCGGCUGCAUCAGGUCAACGGCAGCCUGGACGCAAUUCUGCAACGCCACGAGCUCGAGACUGAAGUGCGCGCUUUGGCGGCGCGGAGACGGCAGACGGCAAUCAGCGAGCGGUGCCUGGCCCUGGCAGCGCGUGUGCAGGUCCUGCGAAACAGGGGCUAUGCAUUGAGCGGGGACGAGGACGAUCUCAAGAACAGACUGCAGAGCCUGGAGCGGGAGGUCCAGGACCCAGCGCUGGGGGCCAGAGAGGAGGAGCUGUGGAGCAGACUGAUUGUGCUCCGGGGAUACUCUGACCGGCUGAACAAGGCGAUGGACCAGCCCGCCAGUGCAGAGAGUGAGGGACUGGACGCCGAGACUGAAGUCAAGGCCAAGAGGGUCAUGGAAGACUACGAGAAGCAACUUCAGCAUCUGAAGAAGGAACUGGAGGCACUGGGUGCCGAUUUCGAGGAAUGGGAGAAAAGCCACAAUGCAAACCCCAAAUCUAGAUGA